UCAUAGGUUUCCUUGUGGUUCUUGUGUUUCAGAAGGUUUUUUUUUUUUUUUUCCUCCCUCUAAUCAAAAGGUUAUGAAAGGCUGGAAUAACAUUGCAAACCCAAAUCCUGGUGUGGGGCUGUUUUCUUCUGCACUUUUUAAGUAACCCAACCACUUAAACAACAAAACAACCCCCUCUGCUUUCUAAGCAAUGCAGACAUUUGAUUCAAGUCUACAGAUGCACAUAUAUCAGGAUGUAAGUGAUGAGUUGAAUGUUAAUCUAAUGUGGACACACUCUCAGACAGUUGGAGGGGAGUCGGCUGUUAUCAGUGAUGGGGGGGAUAACCACCAGGACCUGGUCAUAUGAUGCAUGAGGGUGAUCCUCUUCAGGCAGAAACUUGGAGUUGAGGAGUCUCUUGAACAUCAUGUGAUGAGCAGCAUCUAGAACAAGGGCACUUGUAUGUGUCACCAUGUACACGUGUGCUCUGCUGUCACUAAUCCCUUUGCGAUCGCAACUUUUUGUUUUGUUGAUUAGCUUCUCAUCCAUCAUAUUGUUUUCAUUGCUAGCUCAUUACAAUAUGAAAUAAGUGUCAUGGAAGGGUUAGGGUUAUGUACCUCAGCAUUAACUACAACAUGAGGGUAAUGUCUCAAUAAAAUGCCUGUUACACCUUCAUCCAGUCCGGAGAGGACACAUUUCCAUGCUUUUAAUCCACGACACCAUAAGUAACGAUCAAGUGUGCAAAGUCUGAGCAGCUAUCUGCAAAAUGAGUGUCAGCUCCUUGCUGCUGGUGGAGAGUAGGUGUGAAGAAUGGCCUUCAGUCCCACUGUAAUGUUAACCCAUCUGGGAACCUCUGUAACAAAGCCAAUGACUUUCAGAUUUUCUCAAAGAUUUUUUAAUAAGGUUUAGUGGUGGUAGAAAUUUUACAAUUGAAAGGUUAAAACCAAGGACAUAGGAGGUAAUGCUGGUGGGAGGUUUGCUUCACGUCCUUAUCAGCCCGAUCACUCUGGACCCACCCGAUCCCCUGAGGCAGAUGCGGACCAGGGGUCCAGAGCCUUAUUCAGGAGUGUAAUUUUCCACAGAGCAGCUAGAGAUUAAGGACAACAUGGCAGCUCAGUUUGGUUUCUAUGGAAAAUGGAAAGGGAGUGUUGAGAGCUGGUUCAGGUGCACAGGCUCUGUUUCCUCUGAACUUUCCAGUCCGGAGAAGAUGAGCGGAGAGACGCUGCUCUAGUGUAAAAAGCGGAUUUCUGGCCCACAGGAAGAAGCAGGGCGGACAGACACUGUGAACUGCAGCAGGAAGUGAAGGAGCAAGGAAGGUCCAGCCCAGGCUCUGCACUGUUGUUCAUCGCCUGUACCGCUCCAUGGGCUAAACACAGCCAGCGUGGAUAGCUUUAAGUUUUGACUUAGAAGAAACUGUUGGUUUCGUACUCUCUGGAAUUACGGCUUUGUUCGAUCGACUGGACUUACUGCAGUGUUGAGGCUCUACACAGACUGUCGGCUGGCUUCCUCCAGCCUUUUACGAUGUCUGUUAUUCACAGGCUGGCAGGAAGGCUGUUUCAUCGAACCAGGCCUUGUUUAGGGGACACAGGCAGUGGAGAAGGCAGACACGACCAACCACAGGAGGAGCUAGAGGCCUGCUGCUGGCUGAAGGAGUUUCUUGCCAAAGCCAAAGAAGAUUUCUUGAAGAAAUGGGAGAAUCCAGCACAGCAAACUGCGGCAUUGGACCAAUUUGAGCGUUUGAAGACCUUAGGCACUGGUUCAUUCGGUCGAGUCAUGCUGGUUAAACACAAAGAGUCGGGCCAGCAUUUUGCCAUGAAAAUACUUGAUAAACAGAAGGUAGUGAAGCUGAAGCAGAUAGAGCACACACUGAACGAGAAACGUAUCCUGCAAGCGGUCAGCUUUCCCUUUCUGGUGCGACUGGAGCACUCUUUUAAGGACAACAGUAAUCUGUAUAUGAUAAUGGAGUAUGUACCCGGGGGUGAAAUGUUCUCACACUUAAGGAGAAUUGGUAGAUUCAGUGAACCACACGCCCGCUUCUACGCAGCCCAGAUUGUACUGACCUUCGAAUACCUUCACUCACUGGAUCUCAUCUACCGAGAUCUGAAGCCGGAGAACCUGCUCAUUGACCACCAAGGUUACAUACAGGUAACAGAUUUUGGAUUUGCGAAAAGGGUGAAGGGCCGAACCUGGACGCUUUGCGGGACCCCAGAGUACCUGGCACCGGAGAUCAUCCUCAGUAAGGGUUACAAUAAAGCAGUGGAUUGGUGGGCCCUGGGCGUGCUGAUAUAUGAGAUGGCUGCUGGUUACCCCCCCUUCUUUGCCGACCAGCCUAUUCAAAUUUACGAGAAGAUUGUAUCAGGGAAGGUUCGCUUUCCCUCUCACUUCAGCUCAGACCUGAAGGACCUGCUGAGAAAUUUGCUUCAGGUGGACCUGACCAAGCGCUUUGGCAACCUCAGGAAUGGAGUCAACGAUAUCAAGGGCCACAAGUGGUUUGCCACCACUGAUUGGAUAGCCAUCUACCAGAGGAAGGUGGAAGCUCCCUUUAUUCCUAAGUGCAAAGGCCCCGGCGACACGAGCAACUUUGACGACUACGAGGAAGAGGAAAUCAGAGUCUCCUUCACAGAGAAGUGUGCAAAGGAGUUUUCUGAGUUCUAGAUUCCAACCAUGAGUAGCAGAGAGAGAAAGAGUGAGAGAACGAGCGAGAGAGACAGGCAUUUAGAAGGUAAAAGGGGGUCUGAAGACAGGAAGCGCUAGGGUGGACUGCUAACUUGCUUAUUUGUUAUGACGACAACAAUGUAAAAUCCCCCCCAGUGGAAAUGUAGGCAAAGUGAAGAAAGAUCCAGCAGAACCAGCAGUGUUGCCUUUUCUGAUUGUUUCUCAACUGUUACCUAUUUGUUUUAUUUAUCCCUCUUGUGUUUGUGGCAGGGGCUGGAGGAGAACAGACAUAGGUUGUGGCUGUUCAGCUAGACUUGUAUCUUUCUGAUGGUGUAAUGACACGUUUUAAGUCUUUGCAGGUUGAGGCAUUGAUUUUUCUGUUAAGGUACUGAAUCUGCUAUAGGCUCCUUUUUUUUUUCUCCCCUGAACGGGCCCUCUCUUCAAGCUUCUCAAGGAGCGUUUGUUGUAUCUCGUCACCCCCACACUCCAUCUCUCCAUUUUGAAUCUGUCCAAGCAAUACCAAGUCCAACAGAUGUGCCUAUCAUAAUGCCAACUGGUUGGAAAACUGCGUCGAAAGCAUUGGUGCAGAGCUUUGGCUAUGGUGGCAAAUGGCCUUUGUGCCCGUUGUGGUUCACAGCUUGAAAACUCUCUGCGCCUGCCUUUGUCUGCUCAGUGUGGCAUGAUUAUUGGGUAGAUGAUGAUGAUGCGCUCACUGCUCGCAGCUGAAGCAGUGGGGAUCUCUGUGAUCAGCGAGAUAAUGAUUUAUCACAGUAAACUUCAUCAGGGUCUUACUGCUUUCGGGGACCUGUAAGAGAUGGUAAACAUGAGGUCUGCAUUUAAAUCUGUCUUUCUCUUAGCUGAAUUUAUUAGAGCAUUUAAAAGAAAAUCCUAUUGGUGAUCAUUUUGUCCUUUUUUGUCAAUCUCUGUGCUUGUGUGUUAUUUAGUGCUCAAGGGUGGGUUAAAAAGCUGUGAUUUAGCAGCAACUAACAUUGUGGUCACACUCCUGACUAUUGUUUAUUUAAUUCAUAGUACAUUUAUACAUCAUAUAUAUAUAUCUAUAUAUAUAUAUGAUAGAAAACAUGAAAUAUCCAUCUUUUUCAACAUUGUCUCAUAGCUGUGAAACUGAAUUAAGAAUUUCAUUAAUAAACAAAUAUAAAUUCUGCCAAAUUUGCAAACUGAGAACACUGCAAAGUUUUCUGUAUGUAACUCUGAUGGUGGUGGAUUUUAAUACGCAAAAAAGUAGCAAAAUGUUUCAACAAAGUGUGCAUGUUAUUUUUGUACAAUAUCACUUUUAAAUAUGGCAUAGCAUUAUGCUUUUCUCGUGCUGAGGUACCUGAGACGGUGGAUAACAUGCGUAACUAUUAAAGCAGACUCUCCGCUGCUCUGUUUUGAAGAUGGAACGAGACCCAGAUAAAUGUCAGAAAGUUCUUCUGGCUUUUGUUCACUACUCAGUUUAAAGGACAGUUUGCUGAUAAAGUCACUGAACUCGUGCGUCUCACCUUCUCUUGUAUAUACCUUACAUAUAACACAUUCACAUAGACUUGCAGUCCAACCAAAAUUUGGGGACCGCUACGAUUGGAGUGGUUUUUUUUGUUUUUUUCUUGUUUUCUUGUUUUCUAGCUUUCUAUGUAACAAAUGAAACGAAGGAAGCUUUCCUAACGCUGUCCCCCUUUUUUGCCAAGUUGAUUUCUGUGGAUGCAAGACAAUCACAGACCAAAUCUUAUUGCUGGUUUGUUGACUGAACACAUUGUUUUGGUUUGAUGAAGGAUGUUUGCUUUCACCCACCCCACCUUCCUCCUCCUCCUCCUCCACCCUCCAUAGCCCCUAGGUGCUAGACUUUUGUCCAUCUCACUGAAAAGCUUCUGUGAACUGUUUGAUGUGCAUCACUCUAUUUGUCAAAUCUUGUAUCAUGAAAUUUCUGAGAAUGUUCUUUCGACUCUAAAUGAUUCGGGUUAGGCUUGAGUAAUUAUUUUUGGGAGUCUCUUUAAUGUAUUUAAGAUGAAACGCAGGAUAACCUUUUUGAAUGUCUUGAACUGUCUGAUGGAGAUGUGUCCAAUGCUGUGUGGAAAUGACGUGUAUUCUUUAUAAUACAUAUUUCUCUGAUGAGCUUGGUUUUUCUUGCAUGUGGUAAAAGCAACCCAACGUCAAGACACCCCCCCCCCCUCGACCCUCGGAGCUGAGACGACGUUAGAGAAAGCUUAGUUUCCACAGCCGACAGCCUCGUCACCAUUUAAACCUUUCAUUCAUACGCAUCACGUUCAGCAAUGCAGUGGAUCACCAACCAACUCGUCCAGUCUUUUGCAAAUAGUGAAGCACAUGCCACACACUUUUUCAAAUGUCCUAUUUAUUGAUUUUUGCUAAUUCUUUAAAACUUUAUAGACAUAAUGUAAAGCUUUGAAGAGAGCACAUGUAAUAUCUUUAUGUUCUGACUAAUGACUAAAUCAGACUUGGUUGGUAGAAGGCAAUGCCACCAUCUUAAUGCUGUGUUAUUUUUUUAUUUUUUUCUUGUUUGUGUUUCCCCACUCAAAACUUCUUGUCAGUUGUCUUUAAUUCUUUUUAUCAGCUAAAAACUAUCAACUGAUCUGUGCUCGGUCUGAGUUUCUCUCCUGUGUUUUCCUUUGAUCUUCAUCAGGUUUUCACACACUCUUCAUUCAAACAUAACACUUUUUACAUCUGAGAUGUUUUGCGUUCAUAUUUUCUAAUUGUAUUUUCAAAAAAAAGUGAGAAAAAGAAAAAGCAAAAACAGAACAUUAAUCUUUUCCUCAUGACCUGGGUACAGUGAUUGUGUAGUCUAUUGUACCUUUUGGGAAACAAUACUGUAUAUCCUUGCCUUUGACAGUCUUAACUAUCUUACCCUCUGGAGAACUUGACAGAUACCCUUAGAACACAAUGAGUAUGUUAAAAAAAUAUACAUAAAGUAAUAUUUUGCAAAAUGUAUCAUUCCAAUAAAGUUUUACUUGUUAAGACUAA